GACGUCGAACUACAGAACUAGUCUUUCUUUCCUUGGCCCUCCUUUUUAAAAGCAACAAUGCGACUAAAUGAAGCCACCUUGAUUGAAGGAAGCCGUACUGUUUUGGUGCCGUACAAAGAGCACCACGUUAUUAGAUACAACGACUGGAUGCAGUCGGCAGAGUUACAGCAAUUGACAGCGUCUGAGCCCCUGACUCUCCAACAAGAAUAUGAAAUGCAGAAGAGCUGGCACCUAGAUGAAACUAAAUGUACUUUCAUCAUUCUGGAGCUGGAGAAAUGGGAUGAUGUGGAGUACCAAGAGAUAGAUUGUAUGUGCGGUGAUGUCAACCUUUACUUUCUAAACACAGAUGAUAGGGAUGCAGAAAUAGAAAUCAUGAUAGCAGAACCAUCUUGCAGAAGGAAAGGAAUUGGUCAAGAAGCUCUUCUGCUCAUGAUGCAGUACGGAGUGACCAAACUUCAGGUCAGCCGAUUUGUUGCAAAGAUUGGGCUCCAGAAUCAGCCCAGUUUGUCUCUUUUCAAGAAACUUGGCUUUGAAGAGGAAUCCGUGAGCGAAGUAUUCAAUGAAGUGACCUUACAGUUUCAAGUUACUGAGAAAGUCCAGGAUCUACUCAGUCUGCAAACAAAACACAUGAGAUAUAGGCAUUACAAGCCAAAAUGAUGACAUUGGCUACUAGUCAGAUGUUCAGGUACCAGCCAAACAGCCAGUGAGUUCAAUCACUCACAGUCAGUUGGAUGUUCUAAAAAUAUCAGACAAAUUAGCCAAUCAGCAAUGAAGUCUGUGCAACUGGAAGUCUGUGCAACUGGAAGUCUGUGCAUGUACGCAUAUAUGACACUCGUGGCUGGAAAUACAGUGUGGCAUUGGAAAGGAGCAUGUGUUAAUUGCCCACGUGCACAAGGGGCCUUUGCUUCUCAUUUGGUUUUUCAGCAAAUGCGUUUUUUCUUUCAAUGGGUACUUUUCUAGUUUAUCCGUGAGUUUUCAUGCUAAGUUCAGUCUUGGUCCAACUCUCAGAGUGUACUUGUUCUUGUUUCUGUUCUGUGUUAGUCCGUCCAUGUAGGCUUCUCACCACAAGCCUAGGCUUCUAGAAGAUGACUCCAUGCCUACACUUUCGCUUCUUACUUCUUUUCGACAAUUCCAUUCACUUUUUAUAUUCUCUGCUUAUAUUCUUCAUUUGGUAUGGAAAUAAAUGUGAGUUUGAAUUGAAUUGAAUUGAAUCUAUUCAAAUUGGCACUUUUGCCAUUAUACAUUGGAUGUGACAGUUAACAAGUGUUGACUGCUGUGAUGUGGGAUUUGACUUUUUAACACCCGAGGGACGCAUAGCACCCGAGGUGAAGCUGAGGGUGCUAUGCACCCCGAGGGGGUUGCAGUUAAGAAUUUUGUUAUAUCGUGCCAAUAGGUCUCGUUCAAAUGACGUCAUUUCCUACAGACCAACCACGUGCAUCAGCAUUUUGAGCGUCAACUUGCGUAAGGCGCAUCGGCUGCGUAGUAUUUCGAACACAUUUCGAGCAACAAGCGCACGUGUUUGGAACAUUUCAACACUGGGCAAUGCGUGCUUCAUUGCGUAAAAUACGCAGUUGCAGUUCUCCUUCAGAAAUGGCCAUUAUUGAGCGAACCCUAUAACUCGAAAAGAUUAAAUGGUUGUAACUUAUUGUCUGAGAAAUAAAUUAAAUCACUGUGAUGUAA